AUGUCAACCUUAUUCAACUUCAAAACAAAUAGGUGGCAAAACUCGAGCCGUGGUUGUCAUGGUGUCUACCUAAACAAGACCUCAACACCGCACAAAAUCAGACCUUCUGUAACAGUUAAAAGCCAUAAGAGAAGAUCAUACAUGACGGAUACUGAGCCAUCACAUCUGCUUGUAACUUGUCCACGUUCAAGCGUCCAGAAGUUUGGUCCUGAAAGGGUUGUUGAUACACCAAUCACAGAGGCUGGCUUUACAGGGAUUGGAGUUGGUGCUGCAUUUUAUGGACUCAGACCUGUUGUUGAGUUUAUGACAUAUAAUUUUGCAAUGCAGGCAAUUGAUCACAUUAUUAACUCUGCUGCUAAGACAAACUACAUGUCUGCUGGCAAUAUUAAUGUGCCUAUUGUUUUUAGGGGGCCAAAUGGUGCGGCUGCUGGUGUUGGAGCCCAGCACUCCCAGUGUUAUGCAGCAUGGUAUGGCUCAUGCCCUGGCUUGAAAGUGCUGAUCCCAUAUUCGUCUGAAGAUGCUCGUGGACUUCUCAAAGCUGCCAUUAGAGACCCUGAUCCUGUUGUUUUCCUUGAAAAUGAACUGUUGUAUGGUGAAGCUUUCCCUGUUUCAGCCGAAGUUCUUGAUUCUGGAUUUUGCAUCCCUAUAGGGAAAGCUAAAAUUGAGAGAGAAGUUACGGCAUUUUCAAAGAUGGUGGGCUUUUCUCUCAAGGUUGGUAGCAAAUCGGACACAGCACCGCAUUCAUCAGGAUCUUCCCAAGUUUUAGCAGAGACUUGGAAUUUUGAGAAAGAGCCAUAUCAGUCGACUUAA